CUUACAGCGAGGUCGAACAUGGCCGCGUCCUUAGACGAUGAUGUUGACUUCAAUAAUCAGGAUUACUACUCGCUGCUCAACGUGAGGAAGGAGGCUACUCUGGAGGAGCUGAAAGCAUCGUAUCGGAGACUUUGCAUGCUCUACCAUCCUGACAAACAUCGCGACCCUGAGCUGAAAAUACAGGCUGAGCAGCUUUUCAACCAGGUGCACCAAGCCUUUGAGGUGUUAAGUGAUCCUCACGCUCGAUCCAUCUACGACCUCUUUGGGAAGAAAGGUUUAGAAGUAGAAGGUUGGGAGGUGGUGGAACGAAAAAGAACGCCGGCAGAAAUUCGAGAGGAGUAUGAACGUCUACAACGAGAAAGAGAAGAGAGGAAGUUGCAGCAAAGAACGAACCCCAAGGGCACCAUAAGUGUGGGUGUGGAUGCGACUGACCUCUUUGACCGUUACGAUGAGGACUUUGAGGAGAUGCCAGGGGGAGGUUUUCCUCACCUUGAGAUCAACAAGAUGCACAUCUCCCAGUCCAUCGAGGCUCCUUUGACGAACUCUGACACAGCAGUGCUUUCUGGCUCACUCUCAACACACAAUGGCAAUGGAGGGGGCAGCAUUAACAUGACUGUUCGGCGGGUUACAUCUGCGAAAGGCUGGGGAGAGUUGGAGUUUGGUGCAGGAGACAUACUGGGACCUCUUAUUGGCUUGAAGGUGUUUCGUAAUGUAACACAGCGAUGUUUCUUGACAGCGCAGUGCGGCUUGCAGUUUUCCCCCCGUGGCUUACGCCCCAGCUGUUCUUUGAUGACAGCACGCCACCUGGACCAGAACACGAUGGGGUAUCUGCAGUGGCGCUGGGGUCCCACCAGUGCGAUGACCACAAGUGUGGUGCGGGACACGAAGAGCAGUCAUUUCACUCUUGCUGUACAGCUGGGUGUUCCUCACUCCUACCUAAUGAUGAGCUACCAGUACAAGUUCCAAGAUGAGGACCAGACCAAAGUCAAAGGUUCCCUCAAGACAGGCUGGUUCGGAACGGUGCUGGAAUACGGAGCAGAGCGGAAAAUCAGCCGCCACAGUGUCCUGUCAGCCACUGUCAGCGUCGGCGUCCCUCAGGGAGUCACACUGAAGAUCAAGUUGGCACGUGCCAGUCAGACGUACCUGUUUCCAGUCCACCUGACAGACCAGCUGUUGCCCAGUGCUCUCUUCUAUGCCACAGUGGGGCCGUUGCUGGUCUACAUGGCCGUCCGCAAACUGGUCAUCAUCCCCUACACGCGAGCACAGAAAGAAGAAGAGCUGGAGCUGCAGAGGAAGAGCUCAGCCACGGACAUUGCCAAGAAGAAGCAGGAGGCUGAAUCGGCCGUGAGUCUUGUAAACACACUUGUUCCACUUUCACACAAAUUCAUUGAUCAUCGCUACUGGGGCCGGUUAUUCCCAUCUUGCCCCAAAACUUUUGCCCCUCCUAUUCUUCAGGUUUUACUGAUGCAGGAGUCUGUGAGGAGAAUCAUAGAGGCCGAAGAAUCCAAGAUGGGGCUGAUCAUCCUGAAUGCCUGGUAUGGAAAGUUUGUGUCCGACACCAGCCAGAAGCGGGAGAAAGCCAAAGUCAUUGACGUCACCGUGCCGCUGCAGUGCCUAGUCAAGGACUCCAAGCUCAUCCUCACUGAGAGUUCCAAGGCGGGCUUGCCGGGCUUCUACGACCCCUGUGUGGGAGAACAGAAGGGCCUGAAAUUGCUCUACCAGUUCAGAGGAGUAAUGCACCAAGUCAUCUGCGCAGACACCGAGCCACUCCGGAUACCCAAACAAUCUCACAGGAUUGAAAGUGAAUCUUAGGAGCCAUGGAACACUAGAGGGCAAUGAAGGAACAAAAUGCAUUUUUUUUUUUUUUUUUUUUUUUUUACAAAGAUCCAGCCUUUGGUCCUCCUCUGUGAUGGUAUUAGUGAAUCUUUUAUGAAGUCCCUCCACUCCUCCUUUUCCUACGAAGUGACUCCUAGCUGCGAGGUUAACACACCCACUGGGAGUUUGCCUGACACUUGACAGAACAGCUCAAAUAUCGUCUGUCCACUGAAGAAGGACAGAGGGGCCCGUCGUGGUGCCAUCAGUGAUUGGCCAAAGUUUCGCAGGCAGAUGUCAACCUUCAUCACAGUGUCAAAUACGCGGCCACGUAAGGAAAAGUGCGUUUUACCUCGUUGCGGACUUUAUUCAUCACAUUUUGUCCUUCAGAAUCUUGAUGAUAUAUUACAGAGUAUAAUAUACUCCUCAUGCAAACAGGAUCAAGUCAUAGGAUUGCCUGAAGUGCAGGUUAGUUUUUGUUAAGGUCACAUCUUUAGUUCAUGACGACUGCGCAGUGGGUGGCACUUUGUGGAAAUGUGUGAAAAUAUUAUUAUUAGAGAAAGGGAAGUGACGGGGUGUACAGGAUGGUACUGAUCUGUGCAUUUCAGGAAAUGGUCAUAUGAUUUCAUUUAGAUUCUAUUUAAUGUCAUAAAAGGGUAUUGGUUUUGCUGUAGCAAUAAUUACAUUUUGGCUGCUACUAGCCUACAGUAUAUAAAGUCGGAUGCAAUUGUGUGACGUUUACUUUGAUUUAACAUUUUUCUCAUGAACUGCAACUUCCAGUUUGUCCCUCUGAAAUGGAUUUUACUUAGUAUUUGUUUUAUUCUGAUUUGAAAUGUUGGCUAAGUCAGCCCAUAAUGUCUGUGUCAUAUCUUGUACAUGUUAAUUUGUCUCCAUGUCUUUCAGUUGAGUUCCUAGUUUCAGUUGCACUUAUUUUUUUUUUUUUUUUUUAACUUACCUUUUAGAAAAACUGCACAUAAUGCAGCUCUGAGCAAGUCUAUCAAAUGUUAUUCUUCCAAAUCGAAUUGGUCAGGAUAAUAGGGAUUGAAAUAGCAAUUAUUAUAAGGACUGUAAUGAAGGAAAACUACAUAUUUUGCACUCAAAUGUUUGAAUACAGUGACUAAUUCUGGUUUUAGAUGGAAGUACUGUAAUACUGAGUUGCCAUCUUAUUACUCUCAAAUUGUGUACGUAGUACAGUAUUUUUCCCAUUUCGCUCGUUUUAAAAUGUGUUGCACUUUAUAAAGUCCACAUGCACAAUUUAAUGAGAUCCAAUAGAAUAGCUGGAUCAAAUAUUCUGCUUUUACAAAUAUAACAAUGUUGUUUUGACUGAGUGACAUUGACAGAGAGCUGUAGAAUUCACUGCAUCAUGUUUCUAAUAUUUAGAGGACCUUAUUUAACCAAGGGAAAUAAAUACCUCUGAGCAGUGCUACAAUGCAGUAAUGAACAUCCAUCCAUCCAUCCAUCCAUUUUUCGUAGCACUUAACCUCACCUCGGUUGCGGGCGUGCUGGAGCCUAACCCAGGUGACUCUGGCCAAGAGGCGGGGUACACCCUGAACUGGUCGCCAGCCAUUUGCAGGGCACACAUAGACAAACAACCAUUCGCACCUACAGGCAAUUUAGAGUAUUCAGUGACCCUACCAUGCAUGUUUUUAGGAUGUGGGAGGAAACCGGUGUAGCUGCAGAAAACCUACACAGUCACGGGAGAAUAUGCAAACUCCACACAGGCGAGGCCAGAUUUGAACCCGGGUCCUAAGAACUGUGAGGCAGAUGUGCUAACGAGCCGUUCACCGUGCCACUAGAAAUGAACAUUUUAAUACAAUAUGAAAUCACAGACAAUGUCAAUUAAAAGUUCUUUUGGUUGCCGUUUUUGAAUUAGACGUGUAAGUGUACCUAAUGUGCCCGUGUGGGUUAUUUUGACAGGUGUUCUGCUCACAUCUGCUGCAGCGUCGCUCUCAGGCCAGCAGAAAAGCAGCACCCUAAAUGUUACAUUCCAACCUACAUCCAAAUUGUUUGUGAUUACAUAAACAGUAUGUGUAGCGUGUGCUGAAUGGAGGAGCAUUGCUCUCUUAUCUGAAAAUACGACAAUAAAUAAUA